GAGGGGGCCGUUCUGUGACUCGAGAUAGGCAAGCGCGAGUGUCAUUUGAGCCGGCAGUUGACUUCAAAUCAGGAUUUUUUUUUCAUUUACAAAUCAAUAAGUGCUGUGUAAAGCGAGAGUUAAGACCUUCUUUACAAUAAGAGGAUACGUGCAAGAUCAAAUGAUACCUAAGACACAUCAUUUGAUUUGGGAAAUUCAGACUUCAUGCUCAGUUCAGACUGCAUGUACUUUAUAAAGGACAUGUUGUUAACCAAGACAGUAUCGUCAAGCGGAAUGACCUUCGCUUAUGCGGCAAAACAAUCAGCACUGAAGACCUUGAUUCUGUCACUCACACAGUGCAGCACUUCACAGACUGCCGUUCUCUGCUAAAGUGCUUACUCACUUAAGCCUGCGCGUAUCAGACUCUCAACCUCUCGUCAGGUAGCUGAUUUAUGUCAAUAAGAAUAAUGUAACAAAACCUCUAAGAAACUCUCUAAGCCCAAAAUGACUAUUCCUAAAGAAUUUCCAGGGACGUUGUUUCCCAUCAUUCCUCUACUGAAAUGGACAACAGCAAAGAUAAGACAGACAGAAGAGGAAAGGCGGGUCCGGGCUAACGACAGGGAGUACAACGAGAAGUUUCAGUAUGCAAAUAAUUGCAUCAUGACCUCGAAGUACAACAUCAUUACCUUCCUGCCCAUCAACCUUUUUGAGCAGUUCCAGGAAGUUGCUAACACCUACUUCCUGUUUCUUCUCAUUCUCCAGUUGAUUCCUCAGAUCUCCUCUUUGUCCUGGUUCACUACCAUAGUGCCUUUAGUACUGGUGCUGAGCAUCACAGCAGUUAAAGAUGCCACUGAUGAUUAUUUUCGUCACAAGAGCGAUAACCAGGUGAAUAACCGCCAGUCUCAGGUGCUCGUCAAUGGCAGUCUUCAGAAGGAAAAGUGGAUGAAUGUGACAGUAGGGGACAUCAUCAAACUAGAAAACAACCAGUUUGUUGCAGCUGACCUGCUCCUUUUAUCUAGCAGUGAGCCACAUGGAUUGUGUUAUAUUGAGACUGCAGAACUAGAUGGUGAGUCAAACAUGAAAGUGCGUCAGUCCCCGUCUGUUACUUCAGAACUUGGAGACCCUACCAACCUUGCUCUAUUUGAUGGUGAGGUGGUGUGUGAACCUCCUAAUAAUAAGCUGGAUCGUUUCUGUGGGACUCUAUACUACAGAGAUUGUAAGUAUGCUCUGACCAACCAGAACAUGCUGCUGAGGGGCUGUGUCCUGCGCAACACUGAGAGCUGCUAUGGUCUUGUCAUAUUUGCAGGUCCAGACACCAAGCUGAUGCAGAACAGCGGACGCACAAAGUUCAAAAGGACGAGCAUAGACCGUCUGAUGAACACACUGGUUCUGUGGAUUUUUGGUUUCCUGGUGUGUAUGGGUAUAAUAUUGGCCAUUGGAAAUGCUGUGUGGGAGAGAGAAGUAGGGUCUCUCUUUCAGCGUUAUCUCCCAUGGGAUCCUCCUGUUGACAACUUCCUGUUCUCUGCCUUCCUCUCCUUCUGGUCCUAUGUCAUCAUUCUCAACACUGUGGUGCCAAUCUCGCUGUAUGUAAGUGUGGAAGUGAUUCGUUUAGGUCACAGUUACUUCAUUAACUGGGACCGGCGGAUGUUCUGCAGUCGCAGUAACACAGCAGCAGAGGCUAGGAGUACGACACUAAAUGAAGAGCUCGGUCAGGUGGAGUAUAUUUUCAGCGACAAGACAGGAACCCUCACUCAAAACAUCAUGACCUUUAACAAGUGCUCGAUCAACGGAAUUACUUACGGUGAAGUACUGAACAUUCCAGGAACUCAGAAUAAAAGGGCUCAGCCUCUGGAUUUCAGCACGUGGAACUCGUUGGCUGAUUGUGACUUUCGAUUCUACGACUCAUCGCUGCUGGAAGCUGUAAAGGUUGGGGAGCCAACAGUGCAUGAGUUUUUUCGUCUACUGUCUCUUUGUCACACCGUCAUGAGUGAGGAGAAAAGUGAAGGAGAUCUGGUGUAUAAGGCUCAGUCUCCUGACGAGGGUGCAUUAGUGACAGCAGCACGCAAUUUUGGCUUUGUGUUCCGUUCUCGUACGCCUGGAACUAUCACUACGCAGGAACUGGGAAAAGCUGUCACAUACACACUUCUUGCCAUCCUGGACUUUAACAACAUCCGCAAGAGGAUGUCAGUCAUAGUAAGGACUCCUGAGGGCCAUAUUCGUCUGUACUGUAAAGGGGCAGACACAGUGCUGUUUGAGAGAAUUCACUCCUGCAACCAUGAGCUGAUGAACAUGACCUCAGACCACCUCAGCGAGUAUGCAGGUGACGGGUUACGGACGCUGGUGCUGGCCUAUCGGGAUCUGUCUGAGGAGCAGUGGGAGGUCUGGGCAGAGCGUUUCCGUGGUGCUGAAAAAGCUACAGAUUUCAGGGAAGAUCGUCUGGCUGAUGCUUAUGAGGAGAUCGAACAGGACAUGAUGCUUUUGGGAGCCACAGCUAUAGAGGAUAAGCUGCAGGAGGGUGUGGCUGAGACCAUCGCUAUCUUGUCACUGGCUAACAUUAAAAUUUGGGUGUUAACUGGAGACAAACAGGAGACAGCGGUGAAUAUUGGCUACUCAUGUAAAAUGUUGACUGACGACAUGACAGAGAUCUUCAUUGUUAAUGGACACACUGUCCAAAGUGUCCGUGCAGACCUCAGGAGAGCAAGGGAGCGCAUGAUGGAGUCUGCCUCCACAAGAGAGGGCGGAAAAGAGGCAGAGACUCCAGAGCUGGGUAACGGAAUUGAGGCAGAUGCAGCUAAGCAGGAGAAAGGUGCCCAAACCCAGUCGCAUCCUACCUCAGUGCUGGAGUCCAUGAGUGGAGAGUUUGCACUUGUUAUCAGUGGACACAGCCUAGCUCAUGCACUGGAGUCAGACAUGCAGCAUGAAUUUUUGGAGACAGCAUGUGCAUGUAAGGCAGUGAUCUGCUGCAGGGUCACUCCUCUACAGAAGGCUUUGGUGGUCGAACUCGUCAAGAGGCACAAGAAAGCCGUCACCCUCGCCAUCGGAGAUGGAGCCAAUGACGUCAGUAUGAUCAAGACGGCUCAUAUAGGCGUUGGAAUUAGUGGGCAGGAGGGCAUCCAAGCAGUGCUGGCGUCCGACUAUUCUAUCUCCCAGUUCCGCUUUCUGCAACGACUGCUACUGGUACACGGCCGCUGGUCCUACCUGCGCAUGUGCCGCUUCCUCUGCUACUUCUUUUACAAGAAUUUUGCCUUCACCAUGGUGCACUUCUGGUUCGGCUUCUUCUGCGGUUUUUCUGCGCAGACAGUAUAUGACCAGUACUUCAUCACUCUCUAUAACAUUGUGUACACAUCAUUGCCUGUUUUGGCCAUGGGCAUCUUUGACCAGGAUGUCCCUGAGCAGCAUAGUCUGGAGUACCCAAAACUGUAUGAGCCAGGUCAGCUAAACCUGCUCUUUAACAAGCGUGAGUUCUUUAUUUGCAUUACUCAAGGAAUCUACACAUCUGUUGUGCUGUUCUUUGUGCCGUACGGCAUUCUUUCACGAGCCACACAGAGCAACGGUGUUCCACUCGCUGACUAUCAGACCUUCGCAGUCACCACCGCCACGGCCCUCAUCAUCGUCGUCAGCGUCCAGAUCUCUCUGGACACAGGAUACUGGACAGCUAUUAACCAUUUCUUUGUGUGGGGGUCUCUGGGGGCAUACUUUGCUAUCCUUUUCUCCCUGCACUCCAGCGUCCUGUUUAACUUCUUCCCCAAGCAGUUUCACUUUCUGGGAAGUGCGCAAAACACAUUAGCACAACCAGUGGUGUGGUUGACUAUUGCUUUGGCUACAGUCAUUUGCAUCGCCCCUGUGGUUACCUUUCGAUUCCUUAAACUAAACCUUAAACCCCAGCUGUCAGAUACUGUGCGGUACACUCAGCUUGUGCGUCAGAAGAAGUGGAAGCCUGGUGGGCGUGCCGGAUCUGGUGUAGGUAGCGUGGGUGUCUCAAGGGGUGCAGCUCUUGGGCGUUCUUGUCAUGGUGGCUCCCGUCGCUCAGGUUAUGCAUUUGCUCAUCAAGAAGGCUUUGGAGAGCUGAUCACAUCGGGCAAAAAUAUGCGCCUCAGUACACUCGCUCUUGCUAACUUUGCCUCACGGCACAGCACCAACUGGAUCGAUACACUCCGCAAGAAAAAACAGACAGCGGCUUCCCCUCAGCAAACUUCAUCCAACUCACAGGUCUUACACAUUUCCACAUCUUCCUCUCUGUGUGGCCCCCAGGAAACAUGUCCACAGAGCACAGGACAAACACAUGUGAACACAGUCCCCAGCAACAGUCUUAGUGAUGUCCAGUUAAGCAAGACAAAUUUUGCACAAAUGGAGAUUGAAGCUACAGUCUUAUAGUGCAGAGUCCAAUGAACAAGAUGCAGUUUUGUGGCAGCAGAAGUGUCGUUGAUCGCCAGCUGUGGACAGACAGGAGUCAAGUUAAACCUGCAGGUAUUACAUGAUGAUUCUCACUUGUGACUUGAUUUAUCAACCUCUGGAUUGUCCGUGCAGUCACAUGUGGACCUGUGGCAUGUGUGUGCAGCUGGCUCCACCAGUUACGUCAUUAGCUCUCUUGUUAUAGCAGUCCUUGAAAGGUUGAUAAAAGGUGGUGAAAAGUCUCAGGUGAGAAUCAUCACACGUUACCUGAAGGUUCAACCUGCCUCCGGUCUGUCCGUAGCUGACACUGGAUUACACCUCUGCUGCAAAUGCUUUGACAGGGUCAGAGAAGACUCACAAAACAGUCAAAACACUGCAUAAAAAACACUCUUUUUUGUUUGUUUGGUAAGGUUUUCUAACCUACAGUAAGAUUUUAGGAAAUUAUUAGAUCCAUUAAAAAACGGAUUCUGUAAUUAAAGAAAAAAUGUCCCUGUAAAAGUCCCUUAAUAUCCUUAAUUCAUAAGUGAAGCAAAUGUCAGGAUACAUCUGCUUAAGGGCAUUUCUGCCUUUUAUUCAGUAGCAGCAUUACCUGCUCUCUCCAUUAUAGGAAACACUGUUUGGCAGCCUGCGGACAGGAACACGCCACAAUGGAGCCAGCAAUAUUUCUCAGCUUCAUUCCGUGGGGAAAACAUCCACUGGCGAGUGAUGUAGACACACUUAGUGUGAACUCCUCCUUGAAUGUUUCACUUAUCUUACAUCUAACUGUAUACAAGGCCUUUCAUAUCAAGAGCUCAUCUGCAUUGUGAUAUACAGACAUACAGUAAGUAAAAAAAAAGGCCUCUAAGUGUGCAAACAGCAACAGCACCGAAAAAGGUAUACUUUAAAAACCACAUACUGUUUCCUGUUGUUUCUGUCUCUGUUGUGUUGUGUGUGCGUUUCACCGCAUAACAUUUUGGUUCAAGCAAAAAAAGUGUUCAUUUAUAAGAGAAAAAUCAAAUAGAAAUGAAAUGUCAUUGUGCAAGUUAACAGGCCCAGGUCUAGAAAAUAAUGUAGUAACUAAAAUUGCUUCAAAUAUUUCAAAAUUUGUUUUCAGUUAAAAAAAUGUUUAUAUGCAGAUGAGAUUUCAGUAAAGGAAAGUUCCUUAUUAAUGACAUCAAGGAUUUUCCUGCAUCCGAAUACUACAUGGCUUUACACAAGCAUUACUUUUGCAGAAAAUGUUUCAGUAUAUUCCUGUCUGAGGCAAAUGGACUUGUGUUAUACACUUCAAGUGCAGUUGCCCUGAUUUAAUAUUAGACAAUACUACUAGACAAUGCGUUGAACUGUAAAUCCCCUAUACACUGUACAUAAGCAGGCUUUAGUUAUGUUAUAUACUGAUCCUCGUGUAGAAAUGUUGUAAAUGUCUUUUCCUCUCUUUAUUUGCUGAGGUUAUGUACGAUAAUUGAUAAACACAAUGCAGAAUGUCCAUACUUCAUAAGUCCUUUUUUUCUUUCUUUCUUUUUUUCAUUGUCUUUUAAAGGAGUUUAUUGAUGAUUACUUUGAUUGUUAUCUUAGUGCCUGACAGCACUUUCCACCCACAUGAGUAUGGGUUAGAGGUUUGUACAGUAGCAUCAUGAAAGCGCAAUACUUGGAAACAUAUUCAUGAUACACAAAUGACACUAAAUGUCCAGUUUAAUAGGACAACUGCUUAUUCCUGCAAUUAUCAGCCUAUGAUGUGGCAGUAAUGAAAUGCAUAAAAUCAUGUUGGUAUCGAUCGGAGCCUCAGAUAUUGAUCACAUUAAAAAUCUAAAUGGUUGGGAAAAUGUGAUAUCAAUUACCUUUACCAUGGCAUGACUGUUAGUGCAAGUCUACAGUGACCAAAUAAUGUGUGAUGUGAACAUUAAAUUAAGCUCUUGAACCUGCAUAGUUUAAUGCAUUGCCCUGCUGUCAGAUGAUUGGCUGAUUGUAUAUUUGCUUGAAUGAGGGGUUUAGGAAUUCCUAAUAAUGUUCAUGGUGUGUGUAUUUCAUGGAAUUGUAGUUUUGCUUUACAGAAUGCUAGGAAAGGGAAGGAAUGUGAAAUAUUCAGCACGAAAAUACAUGUAACUAUUUGUUAUUGUUGCAUUGUUGUCUACUCUGCCAUAAUUUAUCAUGGUAUGGAUUAUACACUGUCAUAUUCAUAGAAACUUGUACACGGACCUUCGGAGGAUGUCCUGAUUAUGUGAAUAAUUUAGUGGAUAAAGCCUGGUAUGGACCCAAUGUGUGAAGUACUUUUCAUGUUGGUGUGAAUUCUGCAGUUCUCCAUGAGAACACAACAUGAACUCAAAUGAAAUAAAACUCUUGCUCAGCUUUCGCAUUUAUCACACCAUAUUGGUGUUUCAGGACUCUGAGCUGAACUUCUGGAGUACUCAGUACAUAGAGCCAUAAAUGUGCUCUUUUGGAUUCUAUAGGAAUGAACUGGAAAAAAAAAAUACCAUCACACUCAAAAAAGGAACUCAAUGGAUCAUGUCUUUAGGACCAGUAACGGUCUCUAUCUCAAAGUGGCCUUAGAUACAUGUUCAACUUGAGUUGUAUGCAAAGAUGAAUACAUGGCUGUAUGUAUUGUAAAACAUAACCACACAACAUUUCCUGUUUCAUUGGGUUUGGGGUAAAUCUAAGCCUCAUUCCUCCUACUGGUGCAAAGAUAACAGUAGUAAUUUGCUUUGAAAGUUGAAAUGUCUUCAAUUGUACCCCGUUUAAUCAUGUGUUUGUUGCAAUAAUAAGAGACAAGCUCUUGUGUUACUUUGUGAACCAGCAUCUGCAGAUUUAAUCUUUAACAUCAUGCAGGUGUGUCUGAUAAAAUGAAAAAAUGAGUCAAUAUGAUUAAAAUUAGCAUUUAAAAAUCAA